CUUUCGUCUCUGCACUCCGGGUUUUUCUCACCAGUAAAGCGGCAGUCAAACAGACACAUGACAACAACUAUGGCAUCAAAGGCCCUGCAGCCGCCACCAUGCGCUUUUAGCUUCUCCUUCGCCCCUACCCACCGCCUCGCUCCACCUUCUGCUCGCCUUCCUCUCCUCCGCUACUCUUGGCCUUCCUCCUCUCUCUCACGUCGCUGCAACCACUCCCCCACUCUAACUCUCCAUGCUACCUCUUCUUCUUCUUCCUCAACCUUAGAAGGCGGCGAGGCAGUAGAAAAAGUAUUUCAUGGCGAGUGCUUUGUCUUGGAUGACAACAUCGAUACGGACCAGAUCAUCCCGGCAGAGUACCUGACCCUCGUUCCUUCGAACCCAGAGGAGUAUGCGAAGCUGGGGAGCUUGGCGCUCGUAGGGCUUCCUUCUCGGUACCCUAGCUUCGUGGCACCCGGGCAGCCCUUGUCCCGGUAUGCCAUCAUCAUUGCGGGCGCCAAUUUUGGGUGCGGUUCGUCGAGGGAACAUGCCCCUGUUGCCUUAGGUGCGUCAGGCGUCAAGGCCGUGGUGGCUGAGUCCUAUGCACGCAUCUUCUUCAGGAAUUCGGUGGCGACUGGGGAAAUUUACCCCCUUGAAUCUGCAGAGGGGAGGCUUUGCAAAGAAUGCAGAACGGGGGAUUUGGUGACUGUGGAGAUGGAGAAGGAGAGGGGACGACUUACCAACCACACCACUGGGAAGGAGCAUAAGCUGAAGCCGAUCGGGGAUGCGGGGCCGGUGAUUGAGGCUGGGGGGAUCUUUGCAUAUGCUCGCAAGACCGGUAUGAUUGUAGCUGCAACUAUGUAAUAGUGAGCAAGAUAUAUAAAGAGAGAGAUGAACUAGUAGAAAACGUUGGUUUCUUUCUGGUAUUUGUGUUUGUAAGUGGCAAUUUUCCUUUUGGUUUUUGGAUUGUUGUAGUUGAGGAUUGCAAGAAUUGAGAUGGUAUGAUGUUUUCUCCUUCUCAACUUUUCUCUUCAGUCUGCUCUAUCUUUUUCUUGGAUGAGAUGGUAUUCUAGUGCUCUUUUUAUAGUCUCUCACUCUUGUAGAUGAGAUGGUGCUUAAAUGUACUUUUUUGAGUAUUUUACUUUUUGUAUUUGGGAUUUCUAGUUGACUGAUGACUUGGUUUAUUGUUAUUUGCAAUAACCUAGAGUUUCUUUGUGUUGUCUCUCUCCCUUUCCCUUAUGCCAAGUUGAUAAUGGGGAAAAGAGAUUGGACAUA